AUGGCGGCGGUGGCUAGUACCAGUGGUGCCAGCCAGGCCCAGGCUACCCUGUACUGCUUACUACUCCUUGAGUUGCUGCAGCUAGUGAUACCGGAACCGCUUUUGCUGCUCCAACAGCAACACGCGUGGACGCACACACUCGACGAGACCGAGGAGCGUCUGGUGGCGAUCGGUCAGCGCUUCCUCAGUGACCGUACCGAUACUCGUCUACUCGUCUUCCUGCAGUUCCCGAGUGACGCGACGGUGGCCGGUGACAUGCUAACCCUCACGCUACGCUCCCUAGCGGUUGGCCGCCCGUCGUUGGUACUGCGCGAGGAUGCGGCACCAGCCGCAACGUUGGCCACCAUCUUGGCCGCCAAAUGGCUGCCCGGUUCCACGGCGGACGGGGCGGAGGUGGCGCUGAUCGUACUGCUAUCGGACACGGACCUGCCGGACCGCUCGCUCCUCCGUCCCCUUCUGCAGGCAUUCCCGGUCACCCAGAAGCUGCUGCUCGUCGGUGAGCCGGCCCCGGGUUGCCCCGGGGAGGCGGCUGACCUGACCUUGACAGCCGCCGGAAAGCUGCUCGAGGAGAUGUGGCGCUCGGAGCGCAUCAUUCGGCUGGCCACGCUCUGGUACCGGGCAUGCCCGGGCCGGUCCACCAUCCCAGCACUCCUGUACGAUCCCUUCCAGCAGCCCGUGACCGAGGGCGGUAGCUGGGGUGGGGUGACGCUGGUGCGGGAUGCCGCUAGAGCGCCGCGGCCCCUACCGGUCGAUGCGGAGUGGUUCGGCUGGCGUCACCUGAACCUCCACCGGAUGCCGCUCGAGCUGUAUGGGUUCGAGGCGGUAAUGGCUAACCGGCGCCAGGAUCUCGACAUGCUACUCCUCCGCUCCUCCACCCCGGACAGCAGGAUCCGGGCCGAUGGCUAUCUGGGCGAAUUGUUCGGUGCGGACGUCGAGGCACUCGCCGAACUGGCCCACCGGAUGAACUUCCGGCCCCGGGUCCAGCACGAGCCGGCCAACUUUGGCUUCCGGACUGUCUACGGUACGUACACCGGUGUGCUCGGCCGUCUCGUGACGCACCGGGACUCGUGGAUGUCACUCAACGUCUACUUCCUCAAGGAUUACGAGACGCGCGCGAUCCACUUCACGGCGGCCGUCUAUCAGGACAGCCUGUGCGUCUUUGUCAAGGCGGCCGGUAUGCUCCCGGAUUGGUUACUCAUCUUCCGGUGCUUUACGCCAGUGCUCUGGCUCGCUAACGUCGCUUCGGUCGCGGUCGCAACCCUCUGCUACGCGGCCAUUACCCGGCUAACGGUGGUGCCUCGCCCUGGUCCGGGUAGCCGCUGGCCAAGGACAAGGUCGGCUGGGAUAAUGGUGAGCGCGAUGAUGAAUGCACCGAUCGAGCGGCUGGACGGAACGACCGGGCGGCAGAAGCUGCUCAUCGGUCUCGCUCUCCUCUGGGGUCUCACGCUGUCCGGAGCCUUCCAGGGCUCCCUGGUGGACGUCUACACGACGCCUCGGUCGCGCCGUAACCUCGACACGCUCGCCGAGCUGGACGCGAGCGGACUGCCGAUCGCCGUCAGCGCGCCCGCCCUCGCCGUGGACGUGUUCGGCAAUGGGGAAGCAUCGUCGUCGGCGUCCCGGACGAUCGCUAGCCUGCGCCAUCGGCUCCUCCUGGUGUCCAGCAGCAACAGCAGCAACAGCAGCAGCAGCAGCAAGGGUAGCGGCUGGUCGGUGGUGGCCGGUCAGACCGCUGCCCUCAUUCGCAAGCAGGACUUUGGGCGCCUAUCGAUGAAGUAUCUUGGACGGGACGGGACACCGCGCGUGCACCGGUUGCGCGAGUGUCCCCGCAGCUACACCCUUGCCUACCUCUACCCGCGCGGAUCACCCCUGUACGCGGCCGCCAACCAGCACAUCCUGCACUUCCUCCAGCACGGUCUGUACGCCCGCUGGCAGUCCGAUGCCGGCCACCUGCUUGCUCUCAACCGGGCGCUCAAGGUUGCUCGGUUGCUUCGCCAGCGGACGGUCGGGACGCCGGUGGCCGGCGGACGCGUCGCUCUCGGGCUCCAGCAUCUACUGCUACCGUUUCUGCUGCUGGCAGCCGGCCACACCCUCGCCGCUCUCGGGCUCCUCUGGGAGCAUCAACGAUCACGACGGCGACGACGACGAUGA